AUAUACCCUUUUGAACCUUACAGUUGUUAGCGAAGGCUGAAAGAAUAACGAUGGUGGGAGUGGUGAUAGAAGAUGAAGUUGUUGUUGCUCCAACUAACUUUUCAAUGGUUGAAGAGGGAAUUUAUCGCUCUAGUUUCCCUCGUUCUUCAAAUUUCUCCUUUCUUGAAUCUCUCAAUCUUCGAUCCAUCAUAUACUUGUGCCCCGAACCCUAUCCGCAAGAAAAUUUAGAGUUUCUUCAAUCGCAAAAUAUUCGGCUCUUUCACUUUGGUAUUGAAGGCAAGACGGAUCUCUCUGUGUCUGCCGUUAGAGAUAACAUAUUGGAGGCUGUUAAAGUUUUAAUUGAUGUGAGAAAUCAUCCAGUUUUAAUCCACUGCAACCAAGGAAAGCACCGAACUGGUUGCGUUGUUGGUUGCUUGAGAAAAUUGCAGAGUUGGUGUCUAUCUUCUGUGUUUGAGGAGUACAAGCGAUUUGCUGGUGCUAAAUAUAGGACAACAGAUUUAAGGUUCAUAGAAACAGUUGACUUAUUAAGCCUGAGACAGUGUCUUAACAGCAUCAUAUACCAGUACCUAGGAUAUGCUUCAAAGAAGCUGAGGUUGCGGUAUAGAGAUGAGAAUUCAAUCAAGCCCCAGUUAACAUCAGUUUAAUUAGCUUUUUAGUGGAGCUGUUCAUUAGUUAUUUGAACACAAAAUUUGAUCACACACUAUGUGACGUUACAUUCAAUUGUUUUAUUUUUUCAUUUA